AUGACCAGACACGCCCACCGCAUCCUCCUCUGUCUCUUGCUCGCUGGGUGUGUGUGGGCGCAGGAGACACCACCCGACUACACAGUGUACGCAGACCCUGGCUAUCCGCGCGAUCCCAUCCUCGAGUUGAGGCCGCCAUUUCCUCGCUCGCUGCCCGUACAGGUCGUGCUCAAUGGGAUUGUGCUCACUCUGUCAUCGGUGCUGCUCAUACAGCUGCUCUUUACCGCGCAGUACCACUGGCCGAUGGCACCCGUCAACUUCGUGCUCCAGCUCUCUGGCGUGCUCACGCUGCUCGUCUGCUCAAUCGUGACGACGCACAUCGUCUUCAGCGCCGUCGAUUCCCAGAGCCAGACCUGGCCAUACAUGCUCAACUACCUCGCCGUCGACAUCCCGCCGAGCCCUCCCGUGUUUGUCAGUUGGCCUACUGCAGACCUAGCCGCCUGGUCCCUCAUGACCGCCACAUGCUCCGCCCUCAUACAGAUAACGCACAUUCAAUUUCUAACCCUCCUUUUCCCGUCCAAGCUGGAGAAGCGGCUUAUUUAUAUCCUGUUGGCGCCACUCGCCGUAACGUCUGCCAUCAUGCAGUUGCUGCGUGUGAUCGCCCGGAGCAAGCUGCUCGAGUCGGUCGCGGCGGUCCAGAACAUCUGCAAUGCGACCCUUUCCCUGCUCUUCACCGCUGCGCUCUUCAUUUGGGGCUUUCUCGUAAACCGCCAGAACGCUUGGCGCAUGGACGGGGGCACAGCCGCGUUCGGAGUAGGCGCGCUCACGCUCGCACCCAUGUCAACGGCGAUCGCGUUCGUUUACGUGCCGACGAAGGAGCAGUACACGUGGAUGCCGCAGCUCAUGUGGGCGAUCAUCCUCUGGCAGAGUUUUCUCGGCUGGUGGUGGUGGGUCGGCGCGGGCAUGGGCGUCGGCGCGGUGGACGAGCUGCUCUGCCGCGAGGAAAAGCGCAAGCAGAAACGCGCACUGCGCAACACGCGCCGCCGCCAGCAGCGCGAGCGCGCGGAGACCGUGCUUCGAGGCGUCACCGGUGCGCUAGGUCUUCGACGCGCCGGAAGUGAGGAGCGACCUAUACUGGGUAGCACGAACACUGCCACGACGUCUAGUGGUACGUUCCACUCGAGCGCUGCGGGCCAUACAUCAAGCAGGCCGCUGUAUGAGUGGUUCCUGUAUUGGAGACGCGAGCACCUCCAGGCGACGCGCGCUCAGGCUGUAGAGCGUGUAGAGCGGAGUCGGCGAGACAGAGCUAGAGACGACGCAACGAUCGUUGCAUCCGAGUCGGAUGAGGAUGCCGAGUUCACCGGUUCGCCAACCAAAGCAGCAAACAAUUCCAAGCUGGGCGGAGCGUCUGGCGUCGAAGUAGUUUCUGAGGAGGCCGCACCGCAUAUACGACAUGAGGCACGCGAGGAGGAUGCUUAUACUGUGGCGAGACCAUUGUCGAAGGCUGAAGAUGCGCGGACAGUGGCCGAGCAACCUCCGUCGAUCUGGUGGUUAGGUCCGUUACGGCGGUGGCGCUUACAGGACUUGACUGUGUAUUGA